UUACAUAGGGUUGUUGUGUCUACUCUCUCUGUAUUCAUUUCAGGCAAAACUGUAGAGAAAGAGGGAGGGAGAGGUUUUGCAAUUUAAAAUGUUUCAAAUUAUCAUCUUAUUGUUGUGGCUAACCACAGCAGAAUCAGUAGCAGAAUAUCCUCUUGCAAAGCCUGGCUGUCAAGAAAGAUGCGGGAACAUAGACAUCCCCUACCCCUUUGGGAUUGGGCCCAAUUGCUCCAUUGCUGAUGGUUUUGCAGUAAUUUGCAACCACUCUUCCAAUCCACCCAAACCUUUUAUUAAAAUCAUCAAUCUGGAAGUGCUGCAGAUUUCACUAAGUGAGUCAACUGUACAAGUUAACAAUCCAGUUAUCACUUCCAAUUGUCCCGGUAGAGCCAACGGUAAAGACGUUUACUUCUUCUCGACGCCGUUUACGUUCUCUGACACGCACAAUAGAUUCACAGCCAUGGGUUGCAACAACCUUGCGCUACUAGUCCGUGGAUCAAACAUUAUAACCGCUUGCAUGUCGAUUUGCAACGCUUUUCUUCCUCCUUCUCUUAAUGAAACAGCUGGUUGCUAUGGGAUAAACUGCUGCCAGACCAGAAUCCCGCAUGGCCUUAGGAUGGUUAAUGCCUCUCUAAAAAGCAUUGAUCCGAACAACAAUCAACAUGGUUGCAAGUACGCAUUCAUGGUUGACUACCAAUGGUUUAGCGAUAAAGACAUCUUUAAUGUAAGUGAAAUGGAUUAUGUUCCUGCAGUGCUGGAUUGGGGGUGCGAUGCGAAUGGAAGUUUCUGUAGCGCUAAUGCUCACUGCUCAUUAUACAAUGCCAAUACUUCGUGGAACGGCAGAUAUUGCUUUUGUGAUGAAGGCUAUGAAGGGAACCCUUAUCUUCCUAGUGGAUGUCAAGAUAUUGACGAGUGCAGCGACCCUAAUCUCAACCAUUGUGGGGGAUUUUGCUUGAAUGCUCCUGGGGGCUACAAUUGUUCUUGCCCCGAUGGAUUGCCCUUUUCGAAUGCCACAAUAAAAACAUUUGUAGGGGCAUUUACCCAUAACUUGUUGGUUAGGACUGGAUUACUGUUUCGUCUUACCUGGGAUUUGCGAUUACGAAUCGCUACAGAAAUUGCAGGAGCUCUAUUUUACCUUCACUCAUUAGCUUCCAUACCCAUCUACCAUCGGGACAUCAAGUCCACAAACAUACUCUUGGAUGAAAAAUUCAGAGCAAAAGUCUCCGAUUUUGGCAUUUCAAGGUCAAUUUCUGUUGAUAACACUCACUUGACCACGGCAGUGCAGGGUACCUUCGGCUACUUGGAUCCGGAGUACUUCCAGUCUAGCCAAUUCACAGAAAAGAGCGAUGUUUACAGCUUUGGGGUGGUACUUGUUGAGCUCCUUACUGGAAAAAAACCGAUUUUGUCGGGCAAGUCUAAUGAAGGGGGAAGCCUAACAGCAUACUUCCUAUUGAUAAUGAAGGAGAACCGGUUGUAUGAUAUUCUCGAUGCUCGAGUAGUGAAAGAGGGUGGAGAAAAAGAGAUUUUGAGAGUCGCUAAUAUCGCGAAAAGAUGCUUGUACUUGCAUGGAAGCAGCAGGCCAACAAUGAAAGAGGUGGUAAUGGAGUUGGAUGGGAUCAGAAUGUCAAAUGGGGCAACCGCCACUGUUAAACAAAGUUGUGAUAACGUAGAGUAUGCAACAGAGGAUGACCUAACUGAACCUCAGGAGGCUGUUUCUACUUCGACAGGUUCAUCUUAUUGCGCAAUGGAUAUCGAAUUACCUCUGUUGCUUGACAAAUCCUCUAGCUCACUGUGAGUCCUACACAUGAUUAAAUGUUGGUAAUCAUAAUAUCUGUUGUUUUUGAGGUGUUUUGUACCAUACUCUACUAUUGAUGCUCCUACACGGUUUUUGUGCGAAGUAAUCGAAAGGCUAGUUAGAAAUAAGUGUAUCUCUCUCCAACACUUUGUAAAGCGUGCAACAGAAUAAAGGCUGCUGCUUUGGGGGAUUUUAGCAUUGUAAUGCUUUGUGUAUGUUUGAAUUGUUCUUCCGUUCUCGGCCUCUGGACCAUUUUUUAACUAUUGUGUUGCUUGUGAUUCUUUUGUUUUGUUUCUGUUUUUGUGAUUAGGAACCAUUUUGUUAUUGCAAGACCAUCCAAAUAAUUCAUCUUGAAUCGUCGAAACAUUAAUUUUCGGACAAGCUAGAGAGACACUAGGAGGGAACGUUUUGUUCUUGUUUACUUUUCUGCAACGUGUGGUUGCUGAUUGCUCCAACAUGCCGUCUCGAUAAUAAUCAGUCAUACCAUCAGAAAUCCAUUGGCGCACGCAAUAUUUGGAUCUACGAACUUGCGGAGUACUAAACGCAGGAAAAAGAUUAAUAGGGGAAUGGGAAUGAUUUAUAUUGGGGUGGGUCGACUAGAAAGAUUAUAGUAAGAUUAUAGAUAUUGGCUGAUAAAGAAUUUUUCAAAGUGGAACGUUUUUAGUGUUUUCAAUUGAUCAAUUUUCUCUUUUGCACAUCAGGUUUUGGUUCGGUUCAUUUAUUGAACAAGCUUAAAAUUGAAGCUCAGGUUCGGUUCAUUUAGUAGACAAAUCGAACUUGAACGAAACUUUAUGGAAUUAAACACCGAACGGCUCACGAACGUCUCAUU